AUGCCCUUCUUCGGCCCCAAAGCACAGAGAAGCGGGAGAAACUUUGUUCUACUCAACCCACUAGCACAUCGCCUCCACUCCAAGGCACUAUUUGCCUUGGAACAAUGCGGGAUCAGUGAGAAAGAAACAAAGCGGAGAGUUAGAUCCUGGUGGUCAAAACAGUCGAAGCCGGUUGGACCUACCAUUUUCCACCAAACCAUCAAGUCUGGGAACUGCAUCGUAGUGACGACACCAGAUCCGCGGCUUGCCGCACUUAGCGGAGCCGCAGAGCCUGAGGAGUUGGAUGAUAACAACAAUGACGACGAUGAGGGUAUGGAUGACUUUUGUCUCCAGCUCAUGUCAGCACUGCAAUCCUCAAGCGUGGCACAUCGACCCGAAUCUUCCCCUCCGUCGUCGUUGAGCGAUGGAUCAGGGUCCACAGUGAAGCACGGCUCGCGAGAUCCAAGCACCGCAACUGAUACAGAGAUCGGGAACCUUGCUAACGAUGACCCCUAG